AUUAUUAUUAGAAAGAAAAUAAAACAAAAACAUUUGCUAAGGUCUGAAAGUGAAAAGCUAGAUAGAUAUUUUAAGCUAAUCCGUCUGAUCGAAAACCCUAAAACACAAAACAGAGAAAAAGAGAGAGCAGCCACGACACGAUACCGAUACACAAAAACAGAAAAGUAGUAGGUCUUGGAGUUGAAAAGUUACAUAUUUUGUGAAUAACAACAACAAAAGUUAGUGUUUUUAUUUAUUAUUUUUGGGCUUUCCCUCAAACAAUCAAUCAUGGCCAACAGAAUUCAAUUUGAGAACUCAUGUGAUGUGGGUGUAUUUUCAAAGCUCACCAAUGCUUACUGUUUGGUUGCCAUUGGCGGUUCUGAAAGCUUCUACAGCGCAUUUGAGGCUGAGUUAGCCGAUGUUAUCCCUGUUGUUAAGACCUCCAUUGCUGGCACUCGCAUUAUCGGACGCCUUUGUGCUGGCAACAAAAAUGGGCUUCUAUUGCCUCACAACACCACCGACCAAGAACUUCAGCACUUGAGAAACAGUCUUCCGGAUCAAGUAGUUGUUCAACGCAUAGAUGAAAGACUUUCUGCUCUGGGGAAUUGUAUAGCUUGCAAUGAUCAUGUUGCUCUUACUCACACUGAUCUUGAUAAGGAAACUGAGGAGAUGAUAGCAGAUGUUCUUGGAGUCGAAGUUUUUAGGCAGACAAUUGCUGGUAAUAUUCUUGUGGGCAGUUAUUGUGCCUUCUCAAACAAAGGUGCUCUGGUUCAUCCCCAUACAUCCGUUGAAGACAUGAACGAACUUGCAACACUUCUUCAGGUUCCUGUGUCUGCUGGGACUGUGAACCGUGGUAGUGAGGUGAUAGGUGCUGGCUUGACAGUGAAUGAUUGGACAGCAUUUUGUGGUUCAGAUACCACAGCAACCGAACUCAAUGUUAUUGAAACUGCAUUCCAAUUGAAGCCAGCCCAGCCUAGCGCCAUUGUGGAUGAGAUGAGGAAAUCAUUGAUCGACAGCUACGUCUGAGUCUUGCAUCUCACUCAGCCUUCAGCCAAGGAUUGAUUACAAUAUAGUUGUAUGAAGUUGAAACACUUUUGUUUAUUUUGACUUAUUUCCUUUUGUUAGUUAUUUAUUUGACUCUGCCAAUGUUAUGAUGUUUCAAUCAAGAAGCAUUAAUUUGAAGUCUGGCAGUUUUGUUGUUUUUGACAUUGGAAUUCUGGUAGUGGUUAUAACGAUAUGAAUUGAGUCCA